UUACCACCGACAGCGGGAGAGUGCGAGACGGUUCACGUGACCCAGCAAGAUGGCGACCACAUUGUGGGAUUGAUGCUAGUGGUCUUAAGGGCCGGAAUUUGGAUGUGAUUUUUCUAUUGUUCACCAUCAUUGUCAUCUAAUUACAGCAUCACGAUGGCCCUAAAUGUGUUCGAUCACGAUGAAUACAGGCCACCAGUAUGGAAGUCCUAUUUGUAUCAGCUCCAGCAGGAGGCGCCACACCCACGUCGAGUAACCUGCACUUGUGAGGUGGACAAUCGACCCAAAUAUUAUGGAAGAGAGUACCAUGGGAUGAUUUCCAGAGAGGAAGCGGACCAACUUCUGAGUCAGGCCGAAGGCAGCUACCUCAUUCGAGAGAGUCAGAGGCAGCCGGGCACAUAUACGCUGGCGCUGAGGUUUGGGAGCCAGACGAGAAACUUUCGUCUUUACCAUGAUGGGAAACACUUUGUCGGCGAGAAAAGGUUCGAGUCCAUACAUGACCUGGUCACAGACGGCCUCAUCACACUUUACAUUGAGACCAAGGCUGCGGAGUACAUCGCUAAGAUGACCAUAAACCCAAUUUAUGAGCACGUAGGCUACACAACGCUAAACCAGGAGCCCACUCUGAAGAAAAACUUGCCACACAGCAUGGAGGCCCUUGAUGGCCCAGCUCCCAUCAAAGACGAUCGCAACACAGAGGAGAGGCUCACGUCGCUGGUGCGUCGAGCCACGCUGAGGGAGAGUGACAUGGUGCACAAAUAUGAGAAGAUUCACAACUUUAAGGUUCAUACAUUUCGUGGCCCUCACUGGUGUGAGUACUGCGCCAACUUCAUGUGGGGGCUCAUCGCUCAAGGAGUCAAGUGUGCAGACUGCGGGUUGAACGUCCACAAGCAGUGCUCAAAGGUCGUGCCCAAUGACUGCCAGCCAGACCUGCGUCAUGUCAAGAAGGUGUACAGCUGCGACCUGACCACACUGGUCAAAGCGCACAACACCAAAAGGCCCAUGGUGGUCGACAUGUGCAUCCAGGAAAUUGAGGCCAGAGGUCUCCAGUCGGAAGGUUUGUAUAGAAUAUCCGGCUUCAGCGAGCUAGUUGAAGACGUCAAGCUAGCGUUUGAUAGAGAUGGCGAGAAGGCGGAUAUCUCAUCAAGCGUAUAUGAUGACAUCAACAUCAUCACUGGCGCGCUUAAGCUUUACUUCAGAGAACUGCCCAUUCCCCUCAUCACAUACGAUGCCUACCCACGCUUCAUCGAGUCUGCAAAGAUCACUGACCCAGAAAAGCGUCUGGAAUCCCUCCACGAGGCCCUGAAGCUACUGCCGCCGGCUCACUGCGAGUCGCUGCGGUACCUCAUGGCGCACCUCAAGAGAGUUACCCAGUACGAGAAGGAAAACCUCAUGUCCAGUGAGAACCUUGGCAUCGUCUUUGGGCCCACGUUGAUGAGAUCGCCUGACCUGGAUGCCAUGACGGCGCUCAAUGACAUCCGCUACCAGAGGCUGGUGGUGGAAAUGCUCAUUACUAAUGAGGACGUGUUGUUCUGACAGGCGCCAGAAUUACCAAUGCAAGGCAACUUGUGCCAAAUGACUGCCUGUUUUUUGGUCAGUGUACUUGCCAGCAGCAAAAACAAAUUUUAGAGGGAAUACAUUUAAAAAAAAAAUGCUAACACUGAGCCACAUCCUGUCGGAGCAGUCAAGAAAAUGCUGUAUUUCCGUUCUUGUUUUUCAUGUUGGAGCUUUGUCCCAAUGAAGUGGGAGCUUGCCAUAAUGAGCCAAAAUUAAUGGAAAUGUUGCUACUUCUGGGCAACCACAACCAGUACAACCAUGUACUCCCUCGGUUUCCUAAAAAGAAAACCUGAUUGUAUCUCACUAAAACUGAGCGUAACUAUUGUCACAAAGCGUUAUUAACUGUAAGAUGAAGGAUUGUUUGCAAUGUUCUUUUUCUUUUUUUAAACUAGUGCCAUUUGAAAAAGGGCGAGGUGAAGUCAAGAUGCAUUUUGUUUGUGCUGCUGUGUCAGCUAGCACAUACAGUAUAAGUGCGUUCCACCCCAUUUCUGUCGGGGGAGGGGGGCAAUGAUCAACUCUUACUUGAAUCUUUUCAUGAAGUAAAAAAUAAUGUAGGUUGUGAAAAAACAAAAGCAUCAUGGCUGCUGGACUGGCUUAUAAUAUAGAGACGUAACAUAAUGUAACAGCAUUUUCUAACAAAUCCAGUUUUGUUGCGUGAUUUAAAAAUAUAUGGUUAAUAUAUAUAUUGUUUUUGAUUCUAUCAUGUACUAACCACCAUCACUGCUCUCUGCUGAACUCGAACAAGAGCCUUCUGUGAUCUGUGACACUACUUCGUCGAAAAUGUUUUAUUUUUUUUUACAUUGUCAUGAUGUUGAUUUAUACUAUUUUCUGUAUAGUCUGCAAUGCAUGGGGAAAUUAAAUUAUUACAUAUGCCAAUUAAAUAUGAAGUUUGUUCUUUAUUUUACAGCACUCAUGAUCACUAAUCUUUUCUUCACAGGACUCAUGUAUGCCAGUGACAAAAAGUGA